AUGGCUGCUCGAGGGCUGGAUCCGCCACUACAAUCGAUAGAGCAUACUGUAAAUCCAAUGAUGGCCGGUGCCUUUUAUCUUCGACAGCAAGGUCGACCACCGCAGGUGCUCGAUCCAAGAGUUCCGAAUUCAGGACAACAAUUCUCAGGACAAAUACCCUUCCUACAACAACAACAAGUUUUACAGCCACAGUCACAGCAACAAUAUAUUCCACAAAAUAAAUUGAUGACACCUAUUUAUAAUUAG